GGCCAUGGAAAUGAACAACAUAUAUGUGAACCACGAGGCUGUGGCGAGGUCGCCAGGUGGGAGGAUGAAAAGAACCAGUCCCAAGCCAGCAGGGCAUGGAGCAGUGGAGUUUUCUGAUGAUGAAAUGUCUGAUUACGAAAAUAUAUCAGUGACGACUGACCAGAAGAAUCCCCAGCCUCCAGCAGAAAUGCCUCCCUCGGACCCAGACCGGAAGAUGACUGAGGAAUUAAGGACGAUAAAUGCUGCCAUUUCCCAGCGGAUAGACCAAGACCAGAAGAUGACUGAGGAAUUAAAGAGGAUAAACGCUGCCCUUUCCCACAGGAUAAACGAAGUGUCCUCCACCCUGGCCAAAGCCAAGCUACUCUGCCAGAACGUCUGGGCAAAUGGGGCACUUGUCUCCUGCCCCGCAGGGUACAAGCCCACGGGCUGCGCCUGCGGAAUGGGCUGCGGCUCCUGGGACAUUCACACCGACUCCACCUGCCACUGCCGGUGCAGCGGCAUCGACUGGACGUCCGCGCGCUGCUGCAAGAUAGGGCUGUAGUGAUGCCAAAACCCAGCCUGGGGCACCGGAGAGCCCCACCUGGC